CCCUUCUUGCUAAGAAGAAUACCUUUUAUUAGAGAUCCAAAAUGUCUCUGGGUUGCAUUUCGCCUUUGGUUUCUACAAUGGUUGGACAGAAGCUACCACUUCGUAAACCUUGUAUUCAGCAUAAGCCUUUCACCAAAGUAUACCGAGCACGCCGCAGUGUUGCCCAAGUUCCAAUCAAUAUGGCGUUAAUUAAAGAUGCUGAAGGCAUAACACGGCGCAUUGGCAAUCAUCACCCCAACCUGUGGGAUGAUGAUUUCCUACAAUCCCUCUCAAAAUCUUAUGAUGAUCCCUCUUAUGGUGGACGUGCCGAAAAGCUGAUUAAGGAGAUAAAGGACAUGUUCAAUGCCCUUCAUCUAAACUCUUCAUCUGCAGACGAUCUCUAUCAACGUCUUUCAAUGGUGGAUGAUGUAGAACGCCUUGGAAUUGACCGCCAUUUUCAGAAUGAAAUUAAAGAAAAUCUUGACUAUGUUUACAGAUAUUGGAAUGAUACCCAUGGCAUUGGAUGUGGUAGAGAGAGUUCUUGCGUGGAUCUCAACACCACAGCCUUGGGUUUUCGAAUUCUUCGCCUGCACAGAUAUGGCGUCUCUUCAGGUAUGUUGCAACAAUUCAAAAGUAAAGAUGGACAAAUUUUUUACUUAGACAAUCAAUCAAAUGAGGAGGAGUUAAGGACCAUUCUAAAUUUAUUUCGAGCUUCACUCAUUGCAUUUCCUAAGGAGCAAGCUUUGGAUGACGCCAAAUCCUUUUCUAUAGCAUAUCUAAAACAAGAUCUACCGAAUAUUAAUAAUACUAAUAUUUCAAAAGAGAUAGAAUUCAAUCUAGAGUAUCGUUGGCACACCAAUGUGCCUAGGUUAGAAGCAAGGACAUAUAUUGACAUAUAUGGAGAUACCACGACUACCAACAAUAUUUUCAACUCAAAACUUUUAGAACUAGCAAAGCUAGACUUCAAUAUGAUCCAAUCAAUUCAACACCGUGAGCUUCAAAUUCUCUCAAGAUGGUGGACAGAGUCCGGUCUAGCUAAACUAGAGUUUGCUCGCCAUCGCCAUGUGGAAUAUUAUUUUUGGGCAGCUGGAGUGUGUAUUGAGCCAAAAUAUUCUACUUUUAGAAUUGGGUUUGCAAAGAUGUCUAGCUUUGUCACUUGUUUGGAUGAUAUUUAUGACACUUAUGGAACUUUAGAUGAACUUAAAAUCUUCACAGAAGCCAUUAAAAGGUGGGAUUUAGCAUCUAUGGAAGGACUUCCAGAAUUUAUGAAGUUGACAUUCAAAGCAUUUGAUGAGGGUGUGAGGGACAUGGCUCAAGAGGCUGAAAAAUCUCAAGGCAGAGACACACUUGACUAUGCGCGUAAAGCUUGGGAAGUUUAUAUAGAUGCUUACUUUCAAGAAGCAAAGUGGCUUGCUAUGGGUUAUAUACCAUCUUUGGAGGAAUAUUUAGAGAAUGGAAAAGUAAGCUCUGGGUCUCGUGUUGUGACCUUACAACCUGUACUCUCAUUAGAUGUUCCCAUUUCUAAUGAUGUUCUUAAAGAAAUCGAUUAUCCAUCAAGAUUCAAUGAGCUCUUAUGCUUAACCCUUAGAUUAAGAGGUGACACAAAGACUUUCAAGGCUGAGGCAGAUCGUGGAGAAGUGGUAUCAUGUAUAACUUGUUAUAUGAAAGACCAUCCAGGAUCUACAGAGGAAGAUGCAUUGGAGUAUCUCAAUUAUUUCAUUGAUGAAAAACUCAAAGAAUUAAAUUGGGAAUAUUUAAAAAUUGAUAAUGUUCCAAUAACUGCCAAGGAUCAUGCAUAUGCUUUAUCAAAAGGUCUCCAACUUCUCUACAAAGAAAGAGAUGGAUUUAGUGUUUCAAGCAUUGAGACAAAGAAUCUUAUAAUGAAAACCAUGAUUGAACCAGUUCCGAUGUGA